CUAGGAGCGAGGCGUCCAGCGAGACCUGCUGCCGCAGCUGGAAACCCGCGUCUGCCUUCUCUCAGCCGCGGGGCGGGAACCGCCUAGUUUCUCCAUAGAGUACAACAUUUUAAGCACGUUCCAGAAUUCAGUGGAGCUUACUGCAAGGUAAAUGGAUAUGGGAUUACAGACUUCAAGUGUAAAUGUGCCCACACUCUCUGGGAAUCAUUCCCAUUGAAUUUGGUGAGGCUCCCUCUUCUAGAGUGCAUGUGUCUAUAUCGUUCUGAUAUGAGGCAAGAACUGCAAAUGAUCUGCAUUAAUUGAAAUGCAUUAAUUUAAUGAACUAUUUGACUGAUAAGGAAACAGCAUCGGAGAAGAAAGUCUUCUGUUUGGAUUUCAGCCAAACUUAUGCAUCACUUGCCACUAAAUCUUUGGGCUAACCUACAGGAAAUGGGAAAAAUGCAGACAACAAAUUUGAAUAAUUCAACUUUGACGUUUGACCAAAAAUUCUGGUAAAAGAAGACCAGAUCAAUCAAAAUGCUGAUUGCAUCUACCACGUCUGAGGAGAGACUCCGAAGGCUAUCGGUUGGAGGCUUUCCAGUGAACGUGUCAGAGCAAGUCAUGCAGCCUCCCUUGCUGAAGCCCAGACUUGAAAGCAACUUGCCUCAAACACAAGACCCAGAGAAGGAUCUGCGGUGCAUUGCCAGAACACUUUCAUUUCUGCAAGAAUCCGGCUGGUAUUGGGGUUUUAUGACACCCUAUGAAGCCAAGCAGCUGCUCCAGAAGAUGCCAGAGGGGACUUUUCUGGUGCGGGACAGUACUCAUCCCAGCUAUCUGUUCACACUAUCUGUAAAGACCAUUCGAGAUCCUGCCAAUAUACGCAUUGAAUAUGUUGAUGGCAAGUUCCGAUUAGAUACCAAUUCUUUCUCCAAACCUUGGGUUCUGGUCUUUCCAGAUGUGGUUAGUCUGAUCCAGCAUUAUGUUCUUUCUUGUACUACGGAGAGCAAGGGGAACGCUCUUUACCUGUUUCCUGUGUUUUUGUCUUCUCCACCCAAGGAGAUGAGAGCACCAGCAGUAUAUCUGAAGGUCAUCCAGCCACUGAGCCACAAGGACGUUCCCCCCAGCCUGCAGCACCUCUGCCGAUUACAAAUUAAUCGAUGCACUGGAAAAACAAACCAACUUCCUCUACCAAAGAGAAUGAAGGACUAUUUAAAGCAGUACCCUUUUCAGCUUUAAAGACACUUGUCAGUCUGCCUGAGUCAAGCAACAGAAGUAACACUGAAAACAUUGGAUUUAAUUCUGGCCACAGAAUGGCUUUGAUCCACUGAUGGAGUUGUGUUCUUAUGUGGGCACAGUAAAUAAAUUGCCAACAAAAGAGAUUGUUUUUCCCAUCAUCUUCUCCCUUAUUUUUCCCAGUUACAUAAUUUCAUUCUUUUGCCAUGGAGGAAGCAGUAUGCUCAAGCACACAACUUCAAAGCCAAAAGCUCAAAGCAUUUCUCUUUUUUCUCUGAUUAGCUUUGCAGAACUACUUUCGGCACAUGCAGACUAUUGAAUUGUGGAAUCACAAUUGCAUCAGGAACAUUGAAGCCUCAGAACUGUAUUAUUUAUUUCCAUGGUAUUUAUUCUCUCCCCCCCCACUUUUGAUUACAUAUAGAGUAUCCUUUUCCUUUUACAAGAAAAUUAUUUCAAGAUGGGCUCAAACCAUAGCUAUGUGACUUGCAGUAGUUCAUUAUGGAUUUGAAUGAAGUCUUCUGGCCAUUGGUUACUCUAUCAUUUGUCUUGAUGUAUUCAUAGUCAGAUAUAAAUAUGUUGGAAGUGUAUAAAAGUUUGACUCCAGUUACAAUCAACAUCCAGACUAAUUUCUAUUAGGUUAACAAACAGAUAACUUGCUUAUUCUUUCCAGGUUUAUUGAACUUAGAUCAGUAAAACCCCUUUUUUUCUCCCUCCCUCUUUGAAGAGAAUAUUCCUACUUUGAAUUAAUUAGAUUCAAAUGAUUUGUUGUUCAAAUUACCCAGUGAAGAUGCCUAUAUAUCUGACAUGUGAAGCAUAGCAUUUUCCUUGGAGAAAUGGUCACAUCCUGAGUUUAGUAUAAAAUUCAUUUCUAUAGUGUGUGUUUAUAUUUGUUUGGGAGAGAAAACUUGGGAAACAGGCUAUUUUUCUCCUAUUACCACAUUGGAGUCAACCCAUUACCUGAAUGUUAACUCACAUUACCAGCACAAAGAAGCUUCAGGGAGAACACAAUACCAGUACAUUAUCAUCAGGUUUGCUUGUGAGAACUUGCCCAUGUUGAUUCUGAUAUUUGUCGAAUGGGGCAGAGAAGAUAGCAGGAAUGAAGUACCUCUCCAGCUUCCAUCUUUCCCAAUUGCUCUAAUGCACCUUGUAUUUAUUAGAUAGGAAGCUAAAAUAAUGUAGCAUUGGCUGUACAAGAAUAAGAAAGAAUUCUUGGCAUUCUGCCUUCUGCUCCUUCCUCUGUUUUAUGUCAACAGUAGCUGAGGAUGGAGAAUUUGUGUUGUCAAAAGAUUGUCAUUCAUAUAUGUCAAAAUCCUCAGGAGACAUAUACAUAUUUUCAUGUUUUUAUAGUUCAACAGUGAAUACCUGUGCUACAUGUAUGCGCUACAGGAAGGGAUCAAAUCCUAGGGCAGUCUUUUCUAACAUAGCAUCCUUAGGAUGGGGACUAUAACAUCCUGAAUUCUAAUUGACUUUGCUGAUGGACAAUUCUGGGUGGUAUAAUCCCAGCACCUCUGAUGCUGCCCUAGAUACAACUUUAAGCAAAAGGCGCAGUCUGUUCCAUCAGCAAUCCAACAUGCUUGGUAUAUCUAGUCAGUGUCCAUUUCUUCUCAGGUUUUUUUCAGGAUUUGUUAUACUUCGUUUUAUUUUGGAUACUUUGAUAACUGACAAUGUAUGUGUGAUAUCUGCUUUAUUGAUUAGAUUGCUCUGUUUCUGGAACAAGUGAAUGGGAGAUUAUCUAUUAAAAACAAACACAAUAUAUGCUGCACAAUGUUUCUGAGAGUCAUGGGUGUAAGAAAUAGUCCAAGUAAAAAAAGUUUAUUUUCCACCAUUUAGCUUAUCGUUUCUGGUUUUGCCAUUGAUAAAUUUGCAUUGCUUAUAGCUUUCCCCAGUUUGUUUCAUAGCAGUUAGUGACAUGGAUAAGAUGAAGACUUGGUUCUGCUCUUAAUAUUUUCCAGCUACAUUGCCAAGCUGUGGAUAAUGAUCUUUCCUUAAACACAUGGGACUGCAAUUCAGAGAUAAACACUUCCAAGAAAGUUGUUUCUUAGAGGGCAAAAUCAUUAAACCUCAACCCCGGUUCUGAUUUAGAUGCCCACUUUGGGUGAUGCUGCAGUGGCCGAGAGGCUUUUACUUUUAAGCAUGUGGUAGGAUUUAAUAGGUCUGAUACAGCUAAUGCCUUGCUAGGUUGGAAGACAAGGGAUACAGGAACAGGAGGGCAGCAGAGAAAUUGCUAGAAAGGAUAGUUCUUCCUUAUUUGGGAACAAUUAAGUCUGAAAAAUCCACCUCCUGUUCCUGUUUUUUUUAAUCUGUUUUUUAAAGUAGAAA